AUGGAUGACAUCCUUGAGAUUGACAACGAAGAUCUGUCAUGGGAAAAGACGCGUCGUCACGCUCCUGUGCCUUGGAAUCCGAACAAUUCAAGUGCACUGAACGGAGGUGGUCGGCCUCUUCAGCCCCCUGUUCGUCCUGCUCACUCUGGAACACACUCCAAUGUACCUCCUGCCCCCAAACCUCCUCCUCCACGCGUUCCACCUGGAAAAGGAUUGGGUGAUUAUGCCCGUGGACGUGAGCAGAGGGUGGCGGAGACGCCUCGUCCAAAUCCUCCUGUGAGUAAUCAUGCGAUGUAUGCGCGACCCUCUCCUGGUUCCCCCACUCAUCGGGCGCAGGUCGUGCAUACAUCUGAGUUCGAGGGCUCUGGUGCAAUUCCUGACUUUCCUGGCUCUGGGUACUCAUUUACCACCACGUAUACGGAGGGCAUGGACCGGUUCCCUGCUGCAUCCCAGUUCCUUCUUUCUGGCAUCAAUCGUUCCGGCGAUGUGUCUUAUGCUCGACCGCCUCCUCAGCCUUUUCAGUCGAAUCCUGCUACUUCUGGUCGUGAGAAUCAUCCAAAAGCUGAUGGACCUUAUGACGAUAGGCGGAACGGACGCAACUCAAGAGAAGCUGACUAUGAAGAAGAACCAGACCAUUCACGGCAUUCGAACAUUGAUGAACACACCAAUAAUGAUACCUCUGAGAGAAAUUCCCAUACGAGAGACUAUUCGGAUCCCAGGUACUUGAGAGAUGGCUCCCUUGUGCAGACGCGUCGUAACUCAGGCGACAGCACGAGAGAGCCCCACGUUACCCAGCACGCUUCUAGCGCCCAUCAACAGCCAGCGGGUCGUCGCUCUGAUGUUCGAUCUGAUCCUGUUCGUUCACACAAUGACAAUAUGCCCUCUCAUACCACUACAAGGUCUUCUGCGACUGCUUAUCCUGAUUCUCCCAUUCAGACAUCUGGCCCCGUCCCGUUUGCUCUGCCGCGUGCAGACCAGUCAAGGGCUAAUCCUGUUCCCUCUGAUCUGCCCCUCUCUCCACGGGCCCGCUCGCCUUCCUUCACUUCGGACAUAAGCUUCGAGGAUAACCCACGAGAUCUGACAGAAAUCAUGCCUGCCAAAGAUCCCUUGUCGUAUCUGAUUCCCGCUCUGCGCGCUGCUAAGCGUCGCGAGAAGGAACUGCGUUCUGUGACUAACAGGGACAAGAAUACGCGCCUCGCCAAGCUUCAACUGGAGCGCGACGACCUUGAGAAGAAACUGGAGAAGGCAACUCAAGACCUGGCGGACACGAAACUGAAGGCUAAUGAAAAGAUGAAGCGAGGAAGUCAACUGUUCAAUGACAUGAAAAAGGACCUGGACAACUACAAAACGAUCAGUAACUUGGUGGAGUCUGACUUUAGGAAGACGCACAGCAUUAUGCCCGAACUCCAGGAUUUGCGAAGACAGAUAAAGGACAGCCUUGACGUCAUAUCUCCUUAUAUUGAGACGGGAGAGAAUUCUCUGACUGAACAGAAACUGAAGACGAAAAUACUCCUUGCUGAACUCAAGAACGCAAAAGAAAUGGUUGACCACGAUUACAUGGAAGCUAAAUCGACGAUCGGUUUACUUCGUGAUGAGAUGGCGCAUGACAAGUGCAUGCUCGCGUCUAUGGAAGAGUCUUUUCAGAACUUGAUCCGCCUCCAGGGAGAAGACAAUGGGGCAGUCCAGGAAGUAAAAGCUCUUCGUGAAAAAAUUAUAGAACACGAUUUGGAAGUGCGGAAGAAGCAGGAACAAAAAAUUAUAGACACGCUGUUGAAGGGAGCCGAACUCGAGUUAACCAACAAAAACCUGGAAGAAGAGAUCGAAACACUCCGUGCACUGCAGAAGAUAGCCGAGGACGAUCUCAAACUUGUCAUUACGAGGCAGGAAACCAAGCUACUCGAACAGCAGCAGCAACUGCUUCGCAACGAAUUUCAGAUCAAAGAGGGCCAAAGAGAGCUCGAGCAAUCGGCUGAGCGCUGGAAGGAAGAGUUCAAAGUCAUUCGCGCCAGUGAAAGGAGGGAACGUCAAGGCAAAAAUGACGCAAUCCUAGACAAGGAAAGGAGAGUAUUGCAACUCGAGUCCGAGAUAAGAAGCUACGAAGAGACGUCUCAACAAGUGAAACUUCAGUUGAGUGAGCAGUCAAUCACCCGAAACACAAGUAACAUUUGUUUGUAUAGAUACACGAGAUUGCAAGAUGAGAUCGCGUCACUCACGGAACGUCGUAAGACCUCUGAGGCUGCAAAGCAAAAGGCCGAGGAGUUGUUGCAGGCGAUGAGUGAUCAAUUCGAUCUCCGUGAUGCUGGUGCGAUUGCAGACGAGGACCUCUCAAACCGCAGGGCAAUGGAACUCCAGUUGGUGGUCCAGGACCUUACCCACAAGCUGGAUGUGGCCCAUAAUAAGCUUGAUGAAUUGCAGAAACAGCUCGACAAGCAAAGGUCUGAAGAGGCGAUAAAGCUCGCUGAAGUGGAAAACGAACUCAGCCACCGUCGAGAAGAACUGCAGCAACAGAAGACUGAGUACCAGACAAACUAUGCAGAGCGAAUGGAUGCUUGUGAAAAACAACGAGACGAGCUUCUUAGACGAUCAACUACCAUGCGUGAGAGAUAUUGGACCAAGGACCUAACAUCGGCAGAGAUGGAGUUUGUUGAAGUCAUCAAAGACGAUAUCGAGAAAGCCCAUGAACUUGAGGGGACACGGACUAGGAACGCAAUAAAAAAGCUCCAGAGCGAGAACGAGAAACACAUUGUUAAGAUUGCGGACCUUGAACGAUCGCUCAAGAUCGAAAUGGCCAAGGCGCGUGAAUCCCUGCCAUUGACUCGUGCCGGCUGA